AUGAGUGAAUCAUCCAACUUUUUCGUAGGAAAGUACAAUUUCUCAAGAAGAGUCAUAAAUCAUAGAGUACCUAUAGAUUUUAAUCAUGGAAUCACUCAAAACCCUUUUGAUUUUGUCUGGAGAUCAUCAUUCAGAAAUCUACUUGUUUCCAAUUUGAUUCGAAAUAUGUCAAUGUGGUAUUGCGGUGCUGCAUUUGUUAUUGGAAUUGCGAUCAAUGAAUUCUAAAAUUACAGAAGAUAAGGACAUGCAUUUACAACUCCUAAAACCUAACCCUAUUUAAAUUAUGUCACUAACAGCAGAAAUAAACAUGCUAAUUUAGGUAGAUGGAAUGGUAAUUUUGCUUGUUGGGAAAACGAACCAUUAUGCGGUAGAGAUUUCGAAUGAUAUAUCUAAAAUACAUACAUUCAUCAGAUAAAAAAUAAUUCUAGUAAUUGCAACUCGA